GGAUUCAUAAAUAAUAAUUAUAGUGAUUGAGCAAAUUUUUGUAAAAGAUCUUUAUAAAAUUAAUUUUUUUAAGAUUGAUGUUUGAUGCUUGCAAUCUAAAAGAACGACAGUUAAAGAUAUGAUGCGAAUAGGUGUGAUACUAUAUUUAUUUUUUCUUUAUUCCAGCGGUAGGGCUUCUGAUGAAGCAAAAGCUGAUAAAGUAGUAGUAGAUUGUAAUACUUUACGUCUAGGACAGUAUAUUUGUCCCGACCCUAGUAUUAAUCAAAUAGAUCCAGAUACACAACAGUAUCGCGGAUGUACAAAAGGAAAAAUUGUUCCAUCUGAAGGUGAAGCGGAAGUGCAAUGUAUAGCAGCUGAUGGAAUUAUAUGCAAUGAAACUAAUAAUUCAACAUUUAGUAAAAAGCUACCAUGUAAAUGGACGUAAGUAAUGUUUUUACUGAUGUUUUUCAUUAGAUCUUAUAAUAGUUCUAGUAUUUACUUGUAACUUUAGAAUCACUAGUUAAUUUUACUUUAUAAAGCUUAGCCUUAAAAGCAGUAGUAGCCUAAAGGCCAAUACCUACUUUUUAGGAUUCCUUAUUCAAAGGAUAAGCAAUGGGACCCUAUUACUAAGCCUCUGCUGUCAGUCCGUCAUUCUGUCAACACGCUGUAUCUCAAGAUACGUAAUAGGUAGGCACUGAAAUUUUCACAGAAUGUGUGUUUCUGUUGCCACUAUAACAUCAAAUAAUAAAGAUAAAUUAAAAAUUAAAGGGGACUCCCCUAGUAGACACGUGUUUUACAAUGGUAUGGUACCCUUCAUGUGAGUCUGAUUUGCACUUGGCCAGCUUUUUAAAAUUAUUACUUUUUACAAACAAGUAAGCAGUCUAUCUGUAAAUCACUUACUAUCAUUUAUCUAGUAGUGCCAUGCUGCAGCUAUAUUAUGGUUGUAGAAUGAUUGGGUCGGCUUGACCAUGAAAAUACCACACUUUCAAAGUAUACCAGUAUAAUAUAGCAGCUUAAUGCUGCUGCCAGGUUUGUAAGGUGGUGUAGACAACUAAAUACCCUUUUUACUGGAAACAAGGCAUUCCAUCUAAGUAGACAUCAUAGUUAGUUACCAUCUGGUGAGCCGCAUGCUCAUUUGUCCCACUCUUUUAUAUAAGAAAAGAAUCAAAACGCCGAUUCAUUGUCUUUUUUACGUGACUACCGCCACCCAUGAACAACUGCAACACCCAAGAAAAUUGCAAGUGAGUUGCCAGCGUUUUAGAAAGGAGUAAGCUCUUUUCUUGAAGGUUCCUAAGUAGUAUUGGUCCAGAAAAAUCGCCGGUGGUAAUCAAUUUCACAUAGAAGUUGUACUAGGAAGAAAACUUCUAGUACAAUGCACAGUGGUGGAUCAUCAAGCUUCCAGAUGGUGUGGAUGGUAUCGUGCAUUUUGACACGAUGUGCGUUCGUGAAAUUUGGCUGCUGAAAUUAAUCCAAAAAAUUCCACAAUUUCUUGGGAAUCCCAUAGGAAGGGAGCUUCGAAAGAAGUGCUUUGUGCAAGACCCGAUCGAAGGCCUUCGCUAUGUCCAAACUAACGGCCAAUGCCUCCCCCUUAGACUCCACUGCCUCCGCCCAUCUAAGAGUCAGGUAGACCAGAAGAUCACCAGCUGAUCGACCUCGACAAAAACCGUAUUGGCGGUCACCAAUCAGCUGGUGAUCCUUAAGGUACCUCAUGAGCUGGCAGUUUAUAAUGAACUCCAUUAUUUUGAAGAACAAGGAGGUGAUGGCGAUAAGCCUGUAGUUGGAAGGGUCCGAGCGGUCGCUUUUUUAGGGAUCAGGUGGACCAAAGCUAUCUUCCAUGAAUUCGGAACUACGCCUUGGGAAUAGGAGUACCGGAAAAGACCGUAAAACCAGUGCCAACUCCAGAGCACACGUUUUCAGCAUAAUGGAAGGGACUCCAUCAGGCCCAAUCGACUUGUUGACGUCCAGGGAGAGAAGUGCUUUGCGAACCAAGCUCUGCGUAAACCGCACAUCCGGCAUGGAUUUCUUACACCGCGAUCAGCUGUGUCCCGGGGGGAGAUAUAUGAAGUAUCAGCCGGAGAGGACACCUGAAUCUCGGUUAAAAAGAGCAAGGCCGGCUUCACCGUCUCCAGAUGGUAGUGGAGUAGUCGAGAAUUUUGCCCCCCCCCCCCCCACAGUAUACGCGGGGCAGCCUGAGCACCCAAGCUCAGGAAGAGUAGGAUAGCUUGGUCGUGGAUGCUCAGCGAGGAAUUCUCUGUCAACAGGAGUGCUGGUACCCUCCAAGGGUUGUGUUUAUUUGAUUCAGCUACCAUGUUAGGGGAGGGGGGGGGGGCGAAUUGGGACUCCGGUCACCUGCAUUUACCAAGCGAAACGCAGAAGUAGCCAGUCCAGUUCGAGUUGGCCCGUCCGUGCGUUAGCAAAAGCUACUGCAACACGUGGCUCUACCACUGUUAUUUCUCUUAUACUGUUAUAUUCUUAACCGAGGAUAGAUGUCUAUGGGCCACAGUAUUCACUUCCCAUCAGGUAGAUGGAUUGUGUGCUUGUAUGUCACCCUCAUUCUAUAAAAAAAUACACUCCUAACUUGUUGGAUGUGAAGUUUGAUGACACAUUCAACCAACUUCCAAUACUAAGGCUAAAGAUAUCUGUCACUUUUAAGCACUAAAAUGGAAUACCUCACAUCUUGUUAUUUCAUAUAUACUUUGUACCUUGCUCAAACCAGUCACAGCAGUAGGCAGUAGCACUACUGCUUGACAUCAGAAGGUGAAAAUUGUUGUGCCAAUGCAGAUAGCUUCUCAGUCAAAAAGAGUUCUACCAUCUAAACGUCAUAAAAAAAUCACUACAUAACUAACUAUCAUUAAUAUUCUGUAAUGAAAAAAAACAAGAUAUUGUAGCUGAGAAAGCUAAGUGCUCUUCGAAAAUUUUAUAGUAUGUAUGCAGGCAAACUUAGCUUAAUCUCUGCCAGUGCUACUUAAAUUGUUAAUUGCAAUUACAAGUUCUAACUUGCCACAUACUUGGCAGUAAAGGAAAAUAUACCGACCUACAAAUCUACCUAC